GUCCCCCUCUGCAUCUUUUUCUGCGCUCUCCUGCGCAUACGAGGCCCACGUUGGCCACGUCAUCACGCCGUUGUUCCUUGUUGCUGAAUAUCGAGGGGACGUCUCGAGAUGCGGGCAUUGUCAUGGCCUCUCGCACUCCCUCCGGCUCCGUGUCGCGCUCAGUGAGCUCUGGCAGCUUACCCUCACGACACGCCACGCCCGUCUCCCAACUCACGCCUACCGAAAAGGAGAAGGAAUCUCUCGUUCGCGCAGCAAUCGACAAUGGCGACGUCACCGCCCUGGUAGACCUUGCUACGAGCCCGUCUGGCCUCAUCAGCGACACCUUGCGUCGCGCUGCUUGGCCCCUCUUGCUAGGAUGUUCUGAUGACGACUUGGGGAAGGAGCCAUGUGAUCAUCUUCCCGAGCACAAGGACGAGCACCAGGUUAGCUUGGACGUUAACCGCGCAUUUGUCUACUACCCAAAGAAUGAAUCCGAGAAGCAGCUUGAUCGUCGAAAGCAACAGCUCUCCCAGGUCAUCCUCCAUGUCCUGCGCCGUCACCCCACACUGUGCUACUUUCAGGGCUACCACGAUAUCGUGCAGGUCUUCCUACUCGUCCUCGGGCCCGAAGAUGCCUCCGCUGCCGUCGCCCGACUAAGCCUCCUACGCAUUCGUGACUUCAUGCUCUCAUCGCUCGACCCAGCCCUUGCCCAGCUCGAACUACUGCGACCGAUCCUCCGCGCUGCCGAUCCCGUUCUGUACGACCAUCUCCCCAAGAGCCAGCCUUCGUUUGCGCUUGCUGGCACAAUUACCAUGUUCGCCCAUAAUAUACAGGACUACAAGGAUAUCACGAGGCUAUUCGAUUUCUUUUUGGCCCGACAUGCUGUCAUGCCCAUUUAUCUCUUUGCAGCCGUGGUGCUGUCCAAGAGAGAAGAGUUGCUGGAGUUUGACAAAGAAGAUGAGGACAUACUCUAUGUUAUGCUAGGCAAGCUGCCAGAGCCUUUCGACGUCGAGUUUCAUAUCGCUCGAACCGUUGAACUGUACGAGAGACUACCUCCUGCGUCACUCAACAGUUGGGAGUGGUGGCGCAUCUCAUCUUCCAGCGUACUCAAGUCGUCUGCAACAAAUGCCAGUCUGCGUCAUCUCACAUUGGAAGACGGAGAGACGUUUUUCUUGCAACAGGAGCAGGACCUCCGCCGCGAGCAGGCUCUGAGGCGCGCAGCCAAGACGAUACAGUACAUCAAGCUGCGUAUUUGGUACCACCGCCGCAGGUAUGGAGCCGUUGGCCUUGCCAUAGUGGUAGGUACCUUUGCACUAUGGCUUGGCAGAAACGGAGAGCUCAGCACUCGAUAUCCACUCCUCGGACCGAUGGGCGACUAUUUGAUGAGAUUCCUUGGUGGUCCAGCAUAAAGAGGGUGAACAAGGAGUCAAGUGUACAACAAAAGUGAUUUCGAAGCAUAGCCUGGCGCUGAAGAAAAAAGUCGGCGUACUGCACCUUGGCGCAACAAGAAGAUAAAAGUUUGACAGAGACAUUUGUCUCGAAUAGAGGCGUCAGGAUGGAAUA